ACCCCCGAGAAACUGAAGAACAAAAUAAUCAUCAAGGUUUUAACUGUUUUUAUUAUUUUAGGACUCUGUAAAUUUGUUUUGUUUCGUAAAAUAAACUGUCUUUUGGCCACUCAUGAAUUAGAGCCCUCACUACCAGACAACUGAGAUUGAUAAAUCAAACUUUUAUGACUAAAUUUUGAGACAAUUUAUCUUGCGGAUGACCAAAAGAAACUGAUGCAAAACAUUUUGGACUCUGGUCCUGGCCUCAAAUUUUAUAUUACAGUUACUGUGGCAGCGAACAUCAAAAAUUAAAUCAGUAUCUAGGCCUAUAAGAAAUGACAAUGGAUUGAAUUAGAUUUUGUUUUAUUUUAGGGCAAACGUCUCCCAAAAGCAUCAGAAAACUAUGAAGACGUCAGUGAUGAGGAUGAGGCGGCAGACAUGCCUGAUAAUACCAAUGGCAUCUCCAACAACAACAAAGUUAAAAGCAAAGAAGGGCAUCACAAGAUUAAAUUACACCCAGAAUUAAGUAAAAUCACC